GUCCCGGUGGAAGGACGUGGUUGCCGGUUGGUUUCUGCUCCGCUCCGAGCCGCUUCGCCUCGCUUCGCUUCGCGUUCUCGCCGAGCCGUGUUCUCUCUCUCUCUCUCUUUCUCUCGUUUUCCGCGAGCGCCAACCGAACGGAAACGCUCUCGUCGUCAGCCUCUCUGUCAUCGCUGGCGAGCAUCUUCCACGAUAUCUCUCGGAACCGCGCGAAGAAAGUGUCUCGAAACGGGAAUCGCGAGAAGAGUUUCUCUGUCGGAUAUCGACGUUGCUUCCACGCCGAAGAUGACGGACUGGGAUCGGGAUUGACAGAGCCGAUGCGAGAGGACGUUGACACCUGGACCGAAGAGAGCCCGAGAAGAAGCCCGAGAAGCCCGAGCAGUGCCAGAGUGAGUAGAGGAGAGCCCGGGGAGCUAGAGGAGACCGGAAAGAUCCAGGAAGAAUCCCGAGGAGCCUGUUGAGAGUUCGAAGAGAGUUCGAAGAGAGUUCAAAGUGAGUUCGAAGAGAGUUCGAGAAGCUUGAGGAGAGCUUGAGGAGCCCGAACAAAGCCUGAGGGACUCGAGGAGCCCGAAGAGGGCUCGAGGAAGCUCGAAAAGAGCUUGAAGAGAGCCCGAGAAGCCCGAAGAGGGCCCGUGGAGCCCGAGGAAAGUUCGAAGAAAGCCCGAAGAGCACGAAGGAAGCUUGAAGAGUGUCUGAGAAGCCUGAAAAGCCCAGAAGAGAGCUCGAAGAGCCGAAAGAAAGCUUGAGGAGCCCAAAAAGAGUCCGAAGGAAGCUCGAAGAGCCUAAAGAAAGCUUGAAAAGUGCCUAAGGAGCCUGAAGAGUGCCCGAGGAGCUUAAAAGAAGCUUAAGAAGCCUGAAGAGCCCGAAAAGGGCCCGGAGAGAGCCCGAAGAGCUUUAAAAAAGGUUGAAGAAAGCCCGAAGAGAGCCCGGAGAGAGCCUGAAAAGAGCCCGAGGAAAGCCGUAGAAAGCCCGAAGUGCCCGAAGAAAGCCCGAGGAGUCCGAAAAAAGCUUGAAAAGUGCCUAAGGAGCCCGAAGAGAGCCAGAGGAGCCCAAAGAGCCCGAAGAGCCUUAAAAGAGCUCGAAGAGCCUUAGAAAAGCCCGAAGAUAGCCCGAAGAUAGCCUUAAAAGCCCGAAGAAAGCCCGAGAAGUUCGAAAUAAGCUUGAAAAGUGCCUAAGGAGCCCGAAGAGCCCGAAGAGUUUUAAAAGAGCCCGAAAAAGCCCGAAGAGCCCGAAAAGAGCCCGAAGAGUGCCCGAGGAGGCCGAAAAGGGUCCCUCGGAAAGUGUCAACAGCGGCGAAUCGGGCAAGGAAAGUGACUAUGACCGUGGAGCGGCGGUCGGCUCCGAUUCCGAAGCAUUUAAAACUGGUCUGAGAAGAGCGACUGGGACUGAUCUUUUUGUGGGUCAGCCGCGUUAAAUGCUGCGAAACGAGGAAUGCCCGUCGCGUAUGAAUAUAUUCGGUGGUGCGAUUAACGGGACCGUUCCGGCCGCUGAAAUAUUGAGCGCUGCUGCUAGCCGUGACCUUGGCCACCGGCGACAUGAAAACGUAAUAGCGAGCGGAGGCGCGCCGCGACCGCGGAUCCGCGACACUGCCGGCGGAGUUUCGAUCCCCGAGCUGCUCGUUCUUCCGUUAUUGUCGUCUUCUCUGGCACCACGGAACCGACGAUCACGGUUCUCACGUUAGAGUUUUCACGGUUUCCCGCGAGCACGAAAAGAACUAUCGGAACACGGGCUCCCGGAGCGAACGGUUCGGACGGUUCCCGGUUCCGUUUACUUUGGACCAUUUUAACAAAGUCGGUUCGUUUUGCUUCGGUUCGAUCGUUCCGCGCGAUCGUCUUUUCUCGCCGAAGGCCGAAGGAUAAACGGAGGAUUUUCGCCGAGGGGAAGAGCUGGACGAUGAUCGAGGCCCGGACCGGCUGAGAUUCGACCGAGAGCUCUUCGCAUAGGGAUACUACUUCCGAGGGAAGAAGAUCGUGAUCGGGGACGAAUCAUCGCAGGGAAUCAUGGCUUCCAUGUGCGGCAGCACGAAAAGUUAUCCGGCGUUGAACACCGGCAGCUAUUACCGGCCAGGUGCUUACCCGUAUCAGAAUGAUUAUUACUUACCGCCGCGGUCAACAUGGUCGAGGGUCUCGCCGCACCAGUCGAAGAAACAAAGAGGCAGCACCACGUGGAAAGUGGGCAGUGCAAUGUUAAUUAUCUCCGCGAUGCUAGUAUUAAUUGCAGUGUUCGCGAUCGCUGGCCUCGCGUUAUGGAUGGGAGCUCUUCGAACAGACUCGAAAAAUGCGAUCGUCGGGUUCUCGUGCACCUUCAGGGUGGCCAAGGGGGAGAAGUACAACCCAAUGCUGAAGCUGAACACGAGCAUGGUGUUCCGUGAGAAGGAGCGAAAAUACAAAAAUAUCUUCGAGCUGCUGUUUCGAAGGAGCGUGUUAGGCAGCGCUUAUCAGAAGACGAUCAUCGACAAAUUCGAGAGCGGCGUGCUGAAAGUGUUCUUCAGGAUCUACCUGGACAGGAGGAAGAUACCGCGAUCGAUCACGAACGUCGAAGAUACGAUCGAGGACAUUAUCGCGAAAGAGACGUACUCGACGUCCUCCUUGUUCAAAGACAUGGAACUGGACCUCACCACCAUAUCGGUAAAAAGAAUAAAUCCAGACACGUCGGGCAACCAGAGGCAAGCCCAGCAGAGGAACGCGAUGAUCACGAAGAACGGUCUGUUCCGGCCGAGCAGGAACAGUUCCCUGAUCACGAGUCCGAAGGUAAAACCGAAGCCGAGCAAGCCGGAGUCGAGCGAGCCGGAGAUCGACUUCAGCAACAUACCGACGAUCCAGGGUACGUACAAAGUGUCGAAAGUGAACGCGACGUCGCCGGGCAAGUCGAACGGGUCGCAGGAGGUCGUGAGGACGCAGUUGCGCAUCAAAGGGUCGACGAAAGAACCGUCACCGGCUCCGGAUCAACCCUUGUCGAAGUCGUCGGUCGCGACGACCACCGAGCUGAGCCAGAUAAGCGCGCAAACCACGCCGUUGAGGAUCAAGGAGAAGCUGAAUCAGACGAGUCACGCGGAGAGACGUCCGUCGACGGCCGAGGAGCCGGCGAAGAGGGUGGUGCCGACGUCGACGGCGUCGACGACUCUGGCCGACGACAUGUUCAAGGACUUCCGGAAGCCGGACUUCGAGACAUCGCCGUGGAAACCGAUCGUUCCCGGCUACGUGAACACCGAGCUGAAGCUGUUGCCGGACACCGUGAUCAGGACGAACUACAAGGUGAAUUACAGCAACGCAAACACCGGCGGGCACGUCCCCGAGGCUGCCGUCAAGGUCGCGAGCGAGGCGCCGCCGGUUUCCUCGACGAGAACGACGCCGGAAGCGUUCGACACCUACUUGAGGAAUCCGGGAUUCGACCCGGAGGACACUGAUUUCCCGCACGACAGGGUCGUGCCGCAGCCGCAGGAGACGGUGAACUUCCGGUUGAACGGCAAGUUCAAGAACAAGAUCCCGGGACUGAUGGAGGACGGCCAGAUAUUCACCGCGGCGCCGGCGCUCGGGCCGGAGGACCGGCCCGAGAUCGAGGUCUCGGGGCAACUUCCGCCGGAGACGUACAACCUGAAGCUGCGUACUUCCCCGCAGGCCGAGAAGUCCGAGUCCUCGUUCACGAAACCGUACCGGUCCACGAACGAGAACGAGACCGGCUGGAGAGUCCCGUCGCCGUCGAUGUCUUACAUCGACUCCGAUGGGUCGAACGGAGGAGCCAAGAACAGUGGUCCAAACGCUGUGACCAAGAACAAUGGGCCGAACGCUGGCACCAAGAACAAUGGGCCCAACGCUGGCACCAAGAACAAUGGACCGAACGCUGGAACCAAGCACGCCGUAUCGGCGAAGGACAACAAAAGGAGACAGGAGGAGAACGGGAACGCGUUGGCGACGAUCGGCACCAGCACCUCGAAGUGGCAGCGGCCGUCUCAGCCGUUGGAGUCGACCACCUCGGCGUCGAGGAUAGGGGUCGCGGAGCCGGUGGUGGACGGGGACGUCGACUUGGAGCCGAGGAACAGGUUCUCGGAGAUCCAGGCGGUGGCACAGCAGAGCGACGGGCUGCAGGACAGGAAGGUGGACAAGAAGAAGCAGGAGCCGGUCUACACGAGCUACAAAACGCCGGACCUGAACGGCGCCGUGCCGAGGCCCAGCCUGAUCGAGAGCUCCGGCACCCUGAUGCCGUUCAGGCACACGAUACCCGUCGACAAGAUCGCGUCGGUGGUCAACCACGAGAAGAACGUCGAGGACAAGACCAACGGCGUCACGGAUAGCAUAAUAAGCGACGAGAGCUUGUCUGCAACAAAACUUGUCCGGUCGAACGCGACCGACUCGAGGAUAAAGGCGGCCGGAGGCGGCGCGACGUCGCCGGAGGACGUCGUCGAGACGGAGACGGUCGGCGCGAAGGUGAACAGGAAGAACGCGAAGGUCGAGCUGUUGUCGGAGAGCGAGAGCCAGACGGAGUCCGGCGGUCCGGAGCUGCUGAUCGACGACCAAGACAAGUUCCUGAGGCUGGGGACCACGGAGGUCUAUUCGGAGCUGAUCCAGCCGGCCUACAACAACAUAGACAAGCUGAUCCUGAAGGCGGAGGACGCGAAAGCCCCGCCCGGCAGGCUGACCCCGAGCAUCUCGAGGAACUCCACGUUCAUCGAGAUCGACACGUUGAAGCACACGCCCGGGGAAACCGUGGACACCGGCGGCCUGGAAGACAAGACGCCCGACGGCAAUGACGAUCUCAUUUGGCUGACGAACGGGACGAAGUCUUCAGGGUCGGCGGACACGCGGAAGAAGGUCUACAACGACACUCUGAAGGCGUACGUGGUGGAGAACUUGGUCACGUUGGCACCCGCGAAGAGCAACACCGGCGUCGGCAGGCCCGUCAGGCCCAGGCCAUUGAUGGUCAAGGAGAAGCUGUCGAAUGUCGCGGAGAGAACGACGAAUAGGAGCUCGUCGGAGGACGCGAUCCUUCUGGAGCAGCUCUUCGGCGUGCAGAGCUACGACCGGAACAACACGAAGCGGCAUUCGUCGAGCGAGCGGGAGCAUCUGGAAGCGGAUCGCCGGCACGGAGGGCACGCGAGGAUCGAGCAGAUCGUGGAGGUCGUGACCUCGAUCAGCACCAAGGUGUCCUCGAACAUCGGCAACGAUCCCGUCCUGCUGAAGCUGCUGGCCGCGAACGCCUCCGCGCCGCUGGCGACCGCUGCCGAGCACAGCGAAGAGGAGACCUCGACGCCGCGGUUCUCGAUACCGGAGGAUUACGUCGUGGACGACCGAGAGGAGAAUCGGUCCUUCAGGGAGGAGCCGGAGAGCAGCCAGGAGCCGAGCAAGCCGGCCAAGGCGGCCGCGGACGCGCAGACCUCCGACAGGAAGAUCGCGGCGACCGAGGAGGGCGGCUAUCUUCUGGAGAAGCUGAAGCAGCUCGCCGAUGUCGGCGCGGACGACGUGCCCGCGAAGAGCGCCAAGAACGGUUCAAGGCCAGCCCCGAACUUCCCCCACCAGCCGAGUACGAAGCAGGACGCGAAGCAGGACGCGAGACCGUUCGAUUUCGACAAGCUGAAGGAAAUCGCGGACAUCGCGACCGGUAAUCAGACCCUGAUGAACUCCAGCGCUGGGUUCACGAUGACCCGCGACGGCGUCGAGAUAUUCACCAAGAUCCUGAACAAGAUGGAGGACCGCACCGACAAGAUGAUAUCUACUACCGAGGAGAGCAGGGGAAUUGACGAUUGCCUCGGGUUCCUGUGCAGAGACGGAAAAUGCCUGCCCUCGAGCGGCAGAUGCAACAUGUUAGGCGAAUGUCCGAAUUCGGAGGACGAAGCCAACUGUACGUGCGCCGACUUCCUGAAAGCGCAGCUACUGCAUCAGAAGAUCUGCGACGGAAUCGCGGACUGCUGGGACUACUCCGACGAAACCGACUGCGAUUGGUGCGAGAAGGGUCAAUUCGUUUGCGGCAACAGUCGCAGCUGCGUCGACCAGGACAAGGUCUGCAACGGCUUCACGGACUGUCCGGAGGGCGAGGACGAGAAGAAGUGCGCCGCGUUGAUCGAGGACGACGCGACGCUUAGUUACGAAGACGGGACCGCGACCGACGCGAGCGCCGCGACGACCAGCGACUACGUCGAGAAUUUCUCGCGAACGGAGCCCGGCCCCGGCAAGGAGGCGAUCUUCGACCAGGAGGCCGUCGAAUCCUCGAUCUCCGAGUCGAGCACGCUGGCCUCGCUGAAACACAACGGUCGACCGGAGAGAAUAAUAAAUUCGAAAGGUGACGCGACGACCAAAGAAACUUCCGCCAAGAAUCGCGAUCAUCCGAAUGCCGCGACCCUCGUGUCCGGCCGAGAGAUCUCCGCGAACGCGAAAGACGUUCUCGCUCACGGCAACUCGAUCCACUUGAACCCGAAGAAGAACGGAUCGUCGGCAUCCGUGGUCAACUUCAAGAAAGAGAUCAACAACUACAACGAGAAGGGUUACAUAAACAUACGGAAGAACGGAAAGUGGGGGAAGCUGUGUCUGAGCGGGAUGGACGGUCUUCUGCAAGGAAGACAGGCCAGCUGGAGCAUCGAGGACCUCGGCAGAGCGGUCUGCAAAGCGAUUACGUAUCAAGAUUUCGAGACGGUCGAGAAGGUACUGGACGAAAAUCCAGAAUCGAGCCGUCCCUAUUACACUCUGUCAUACAACGAGAAACCCCUGGAUAAAACGAUCCUGACUUUCAAACCUUCCGAGUGCCCGAGCGGCGAGAUUCUCAGGGUCAAGUGCAAGAACCUUGAGUGCGGAAUAAGAACGCAAGCUCCGUCGCAGGCCAGGAUAGUCGGCGGUGGUAGCUCAUCCGCCGGAAGCUGGCCGUGGCAGGUGGCGCUGUACAAAGAGGGGGAUUAUCAAUGCGGCGGUGCGCUUAUCAACGAUAGAUGGAUCUUAUCCGCUGCACACUGCUUCUACCAUGCUCAAGACGAGUAUUGGGUGGCGAGGAUCGGAGCGACCCGCAGAGGAAGCUUUCCGAGCCCGUACGAGCAGGUCCUGCGGCUGGAUUACAUAUCUUUGCAUCCCGAAUACAUUGAUAACGGAUUUAUAAACGAUGUAGCGAUGCUGAGGCUCGAGAAACCGGUCAUCUUCAGCGACUAUGUGAGGCCGAUAUGCCUUCCUGAAGCGGAACCGAAAAGCGGCACCAUGUGCACUGUGACUGGAUGGGGCCAGCUGUUCGAGAUAGGACGAAUAUUUCCGGACACCUUGCAAGAGGUACAGCUCCCGGUGAUAUCGACGGAGGAAUGUCGGAGGAAGACACUGUUCCUUCCUUUGUACAGGAUCACGUCCGGUAUGCUUUGUGCUGGAUUGAAGGAUGGCGGAAGGGAUGCUUGUUUAGGAGACAGCGGUGGACCGUUGGUUUGCUCAGGGUCUGACAACAAGUACACACUUCACGGUAUCACUUCGAACGGCUACGGUUGCGCGAGGCCAGGAAGACCGGGAGUCUACACGAAGGUUCAUCACUAUCUUCCCUGGAUCGAGCACACGAUAUCGAGGGAAGACAUCCGAUCCACGAUGGUGUCCUGCAGAGGCCAUCGAUGUCCUCUGGGCGAAUGUCUGCCGAAGUCUCGGGUCUGCAACGGCUACUUGGAAUGCUCGGACGGCAGCGACGAGCGUAACUGUCUUGUUAAUCUUUAGCGAGCAAAGACUGAAGAAGAUUAAAUUUUGCUGCCACUAAUGUAAUCUCGUAGUUCGGAGAUUUAAAUUUGAUUUCGACCGGAUUGUACGGUCUGUCGAAGUUUGCAGCGAAAGUAGAUGCAACAACUGUUUUCCCCGUGAAUCGGUGCAGCGCGGGCUCGUAUUAAUUGAAAAAAACAUUAUCUUUCGUUCACUGUUUGUUCAUCGACGAAUUGUAUCCGAACAGAGUGGCGCGAGUGAACGCGUUAAUGCCGGCGGGUAUACAGAAGUAGAAUUCGAUAUUUUUAUACGACGAUAAGAAUGUUACAACCGGCGAACAGUUCCGUGUAGCAUCAAAUGUUCGUUGAAUUAAUGCACGUGCAAUAUCUAGAUCGAAAUCAAACUGUGAAGGUAAUCGUCGGAGAGUAGCCGAAACAUUAGCAAUGAUUAACGACACACCGCAGAUACUGAUUUAUACUCCUCCGCGCAAUUAUCUCUGCAUUUGAUUCUUAAUAUUAACGCGUUCGAGUAGCAGACAGAUGGUCGAGAGUUCGCAGCAUUGUUCGUUCGACGAUGGCGCGAACAGUCGCGUAGAAUUGUAUUUCCGAGCCACAGCGAUGACUCGGAAAUACUUGACGUAGAAAUAUUUCAGACGAACCUGGCCUUUGGAUUCUUCGUUUAAGGCGAAACCGAAUCUCUAGGCCACGUAUAUCGUGCUAUCACCAAUUUAAGUUUUUCCUUAAGUUCGACAAACGAAAUAUGUAUAUAUCGUGUCUAAUGUAUUAUGUAAAAAAGAACCUGAUGCUAAUAAAUAAGAAUUUUUAGAAAAUAACAA